AUGUCCAAGAGGAACUUUCAACGUUAUUUAGAAGCUGAAAAUAAAUCAGCCAAUACAACUUGUAUAAAGAAUCCAGUAUUACCAAAUGAAGUGAGCAUCAAUAAGUGUUUCGACAAUUUACCUGCUCCGUCAUCAUUAAUUCGUGAAUCACAAAAGCAUUGGUACAAUUUGUUUGAAAAAUUAAUUGAUUUAAUAAAUUUCUUAGCCUCACAUAAUCUGUCAUUUAGAGGUCAUCGAGAAUCAAUUAAGUUAGAUGAUAGCAAUAACUCUGGAAACUUCAUUGAUUUAUUAAAAUUAUUGUCCAAACAUGAUCAUUCAUUACAGCACCAUUUUCAACUAAUUAAUGAAAAACAACUGGCACAACAUUAUUUGAGUCAUGAUAUCCAAAAUGAAUUAAUUAAACUUAUGUCUAAAAAAGUAAUUGAAGAGAUUAUUAGUAAAGUAAAAUUAGUGAAAUAUUAUGCCUUCAUGCUCGACUGCACUAGAGACAUAAGUCGCGUUGAACAGAUGUCCAUUAUUUUAAGAUUUUGUAAUACGUCAACCGAUGAUAUAGAAGAACAUUUUAUUGGGUUUAUUGCUGUUGAUUCCACAACAGGGGAAUAUUUAACAAACAUUAUUCUACAUGAGCUAAAAAGUAAUGGUUUAGAUCAGAGGUUCCCAACCCGUGGUACGCGUACCACUAGUGGUACGUGGAAAGCUCGUAGGUGUUUUAGAAUUGAAGUGGUACGCGUAUUGAUUGAAAAAGUGUCUGGUGGUACUCGAUGA